AUGAGCUCCUGGGCCUGCUGGUUGAAGUACUUCGCCGCCGACGACUCCAUGCUGUUCGCCCACGUGCGGCCCCACGGCUGGGCGGGCGGCAGAUCGGCCAGCGGCGCGCGGGCCUGGACGAUGUCCGCGGAAGUGCACUCGGUGCGAGGUGCCAAGGCGGACCUGCGACACGCACUGGAGGACGCGGGUGGUCGAGUGAAGGUCUCGCAGGUAGUGAGCGUUGUAGGCCGCGGCGAACUGGCCGCCGAUCGGCUGCGCGGUGCGCGGGUGCGUGUCGGGGAGGUCAAGUUGCAGCUUAUCGAUGGCUAG